AAAAAUACCCAUAGACUCCGCCAUGUCACAAGACGUUUAAUCGCCCCCCCCUCCUCCCUCAGGCUCACUGCCCCGCCACAGCCGCCUCCGCUGCGUCCGAGCGGAUCCCUUCACCUCGGCUCCCUCCUGCCGCAGAGCACCCGUUAGAGCCCCGAGCUCUGCCCGAGGGGCGGGGGGACGCUUUAGGUUACGGCGUGGCCGCUGGGCGGCUUCUCCGGUCACCCGCGUGUGGCGGCUCCAUCGAGGCAGGGCAGCGGCUGCCAGCCCCGCUUUUAUCCGGUGCCCCGCGUUUGCGCACUGAAGGAGGCUCGCUCAGCCCCUGGUGGGCGUCGAAUGAAACCCCAGCCGCCGCCUCCCCUCCCUCACUGCGCCGGAGGGGUUGAGGCCGGGCAGAGCGGGGAGGGGACGUGGCGGGGGGGAGCAGCCCGCCCGGUGCGCACAAAGCCCGGCGUUCUGCCUGCAGGAGAACGGGGACCGGCUAUCGGGGCUACGAGCGCGGUUCCCGAACGCCGUGAGCGUUGUCACCGCAGCCCCCGAGCCCUGACACUGGGCCCGCUCGAACCUCCCGCUUCCCCCCCCCAGUCCAACUCCAUGCGGCUCUUGGUGCGCUCCGUGAGGAACAUUUACCCCCCUGUUUGAGAUUAGCGACGAGCGGACGCAGCUGAGCGUCAUGUCGGCCGCCAGCAGGACGCUGGGCUGUGGGGAGCGGCCGAGCUCGGCGCCCCACAGAACGCCACUCUGAGUCGAUCCUCCCGCCGGCGUUCUGGGCCGCCCGCCGGACCCUUGUCGCCGUUCCUCCCCCUCCCCACGCGCCCCCGGCCGCUCCCAGGCCGCCGCCGUUUGCUGUUAAGGCUCCAAGAGCUGUUGUAAAAUGGACACUGAGCGCCCGGCGGGCACAGCCCGCGCACCGGCCCACAAGCAAAAUGGCGGCUGUUUGGCUUCGCCUUGGUAACCCUGCCCCUGCUAGGCGGGGCGGGUGAGCCCCGUGCAGGGGGAGGGAGGGGAGAGCGGACGCCAUUUUCCCAGAGAGAGGCAGUGACAUCGAAGGGAGCGUAGGAGGCUGAAAGGAGGGAGACACGGAGCAGGGGCGGCAGCGGGGUUUGUACACAGGUCCCGAGGCAGAGGCGCUUCUCAGCCGGACCCCGCCGGGCGCCGAGCACUCAGCUGGUGCUGGGGGAGGAGGGAUCUUCCCCGUUCUUUUCUUUCUUUUUAGCAGAGUGCUGAGGGUCGGUUCUGCCCAGGGCAGGGCUCUCCGCAGUAGGGCAGCUGCAGCGGGCUGGGAUAGGAGGGGGCCCGGCUGAGGGGUGCUGCUGUGGGCCUGUCACCAUUCCAGUCCCAUAUUUUGUUUAACUUCCACUGAGAGACGAAAAGAAGGAGUGAAGAGAGAGAAGAGGGUUUGUGGAUGCACUUAGAUGUUUGCAAUGAGCACUGUGGCUGGCAUGCCCCAGUGUUUUGGAUACCAAUGCAUAGGACUCUGUAGUAAUCGAAUUUAUCAGAAACGAACGUCAUGAGCAUAGUGAUCCCACUGGGGGUUGACACAGCAGAUACUUCAUAUUUGGAAAUGGCUGCAGGCUCAGAACCAGAAUCCGUAGAAGCUAGCCCUGUGGUAGUUGAAAAAUCGAACAGUUAUCCGCACCAGUUGUAUACCAGCAGCUCGCAUUCACACAGCUACAUUGGUUUGCCCUAUGCAGACCAUAACUAUGGUGCUCGGCCUCCUCCAACGCCUCCAGCUUCUCCUCCUCCGUCAGUAGUUAUAAGCAAGAAUGAAGUAGGCAUAUUUACCACUCCCAACUUUGAUGAAACCUCCAGUGCUACUACCAUCAGUACAUCAGAGGAUGGAAGCUAUGGAACUGAUAUUACCAGAUGCAUUUGUGGCUUUACACAUGAUGAUGGAUAUAUGAUCUGUUGUGACAAAUGCAGUGUCUGGCAGCACAUUGACUGCAUGGGAAUUGACAGACAGCAUAUUCCUGACAUAUAUCUGUGUGAACGUUGUCAACCAAGGAACUUGGAUAAGGAAAGGGCAGUGCUAUUGCAGCGGAGGAAAAGGGAAAAUAUGUCAGAUGGGGAUACCAGCGCAACAGAGAGUGGUGAUGAAGUUCCUGUGGAACUGUAUACUGCUUUUCAGCAUACACCAACUACAUUUACAAUAGCUUCUCCAAGAGUUACAAAGGUCAAUGAUAAGAAGAGGAAAAAAAGUGGGGAGAAAGAGCAGAACAUAGCAAAAUGUAAAAAAGCAUUUCGGGAAGGAUCCAGAAAAUCUUCAAGAGUAAAGGGCUCAGCUCCAGAGAUUGAUCCUACUGACAGUUCAAACUUUGGAUGGGAAACUAAAAUCAAAGCAUGGAUGGAUCGUUACGAAGAAGCGAAUAAUAACCAGUACAGUGAGGGUGUUCAGAGGGAGGCACAAAAAAUAGCUCUGAGAUUAGGCAAUGGAAAUGACAAGAAAGAAGUCAGCACCAGCAAUCUGAUUUUCAAACCUCCAGUAGAGAGCUACGUGCAAAAAAACAAGAAAAUUUUAAAAGCUGCCAAAGACUUGCCUCCUGAUGCACUUAUUAUUGAAUACAGAGGAAAGUUCAUGCUGAGAGAACAAUUUGAAGCUAAUGGAUAUUUCUUUAAAAGGCCAUACCCAUUUGUUUUAUUUUAUUCCAAGUUUCACGGGUUAGAAAUGUGUGUUGAUGCAAGGACUUUUGGAAACGAAGCUCGAUUCAUCCGGCGUUCAUGUACACCAAAUGCAGAGGUGAGGCAUGUAAUUGAAGAUGGAACGAUUCAUCUUUACAUUUACUCCAUCCAUAACAUUCCAAAAGGAGCGGAGAUUACUAUAGCGUUUGAUUUUGAUUAUGGAAAUUGUAAAUACAAAGUGGACUGUGCUUGCCUCAAAGAAAACCCUGAAUGUCCGGUUCUCAGACGUUCUGAGCCUACAGAAAACAUCAACACUGGAUAUGAAACCAGAAGGAAAAAGGGAAAGAAAGAGAAAGAUGCUUCAAGAGAAAAGGAGACUCAAAAUCAGAAUAUCACAUUGGACUGUGAAGGAGCAGCCACCAAAAUGAAAAUCACAGAUAAUAAACAGAGGAAGCUCUCUCCCCUCAGGCUGUCCAUUUCCAAUAACCAGGAGCCAGAUUUUAUUGAUGAUAUAGAAGAAAAAACUCCCAUUAGCAAUGAAGUAGAAAUGGAAUCAGAGGAGCAGAUUGCAGAGAGGAAAAGGAAGAUGACAAGAGAAGAACGGAAAAUGGAAGCUAUCUUGCAAGCUUUUGCCAGACUAGAAAAAAGAGAAAAAAGAAGAGAACAGGCUUUGGAAAGGAUCAGCACAGCAAAAACUGAGGUUAAAUCAGAAUGCAAGGAACCACAGAUUCUCAAUGACUCUGAAUUUAUUCAGGAACCAGCAAAGGAAGAAGCUGUCACUAAGCCUACACCAGCCAAGGUUAAUAGAGCUAAACAGAGAAAAAGCUUCUCUCGAAGCAGAACUCAUAUUGGACAACAGCGUAGACGGCACAGAACUGUGAGCAUGUGUUCAGAUAUUCAGCCAUCUUCUCCUGAUGUGGAAGUAACGUCACAACAUAAUGAAGCUGAGAAUACUGCACUGGUGGCUGAGCCAGAAACAGAAACUGUUGUUACUGAAAUGGUUACCGAAACAGAAGCUCCAGCACUUAAUAAAUGUCCCGCUAAGUAUCCUAAAACAAAGAAGCACUUGGUAAAUGAAUGGUUAAGUGAAAAGAGUGAUAAGACGGGGAAGCCUACAGACAGUGUUUCAGAAAGGCCUCUGCGUAUAACCACCGACCCUGAAGUUCUGGCUACUCAACUGAAUUCUCUACCAGGUCUCACUUACAGCCCACAUGUGUACUCUACUCCGAAGCACUAUAUUCGUUUUACUUCACCAUUCCUUUCAGAGAAGAGGAGGAAAAAAGAACCUGUAGAAAACAUGACUGGCUCUUGUAAGAAGCGUUGGUUGAAGCAGGCUUUGGAAGAAGAAAACUCAACAGUGAUUGAUAGAUUUAAUUCGCCAUUGCUGGAGGGAUCUAGAAGUCCAGCCAUCAAUGGUGAAAAUAAAAGCCCUUUAUUGCUGAAUGACAGCUGUUCCUUAACAGAUCUUACAACACCUCUAAAAAAACGAAGACUGUACCAGCUUUUGGAGUCUGCAUUCUCAGAAACCUCUACACCUACUCCUUCUCCGUAUGCCACACCAACUCAUGCUGAUACUGCUGCCUCGGAGCCAUUGAUGUUUGCUACUCCUCCUAGGGUAAAAACAGAGGAUGAAGCUUGUAGAAAUGGUUACAAACCCAUUUAUUCACCAGUUACUCCUGUAACUCCAUGCAUACAUGGAAAUACCAUGCACUUUGAGAAUAUUUCCUCACCUGACAGUUCCCCAGAAAUAAAAAGGCGAGCUUACAGUCAAGAGGGAUAUGACAGAGCAUCAAUUCUAGCACUGAAUUCUUUCAGAAAUUCCAACCUGACAGAAAUGGGCCUGCAGGAAAUAAAGACUAUUGGAUAUUCCAGUCCAAGAAAUAGAACUGAUGUGACAAGGCAGUGCACAGGAGAAAUGGAAUCUGUGUCAGAACUCCAGCUGGGACUCGAAGUAAUUGAGCAAAGCACACUGCAUAAAAACCUGGAAGCCCCUACACAUGAUAGGACUGACUCAAGCAGCCAAUUAGAAACUGCUCAUUGUGGACGGGGCACGAUUUAUUCUUCCUGGGUAAAAAGUCCCGACAGGACAGGUGUAAAUUUCUCAAUGAAUUCUAAUUUGAGGGACUUGACCCCUUCACAUCAGUUGGAGGUAGGAGGUGGAUUCAGAAUAAGUGAGUCAAAGUGCCUGAUUCAAGACGAUGCUAGAGGCAUGUUCAUGGAAGCAUCUGUUUUUUGUACUUCAGAAGAUGGAAUUGCAUCUGGCUUUGGAAGGACUGUCAAUAAUGACAACUUGAUGGAUGGGAAUUGCACACCCCAGAAUCCUCCACAGAAGAAAAAGGUAUCCUUGCUAGAAUACCGUAAGAGACAACGAGAAGCUAGAAAAAGUGGCUCCAAGACGGAAAGCUUUCCCCUCGUUACUGUGUCUCCUCAUGCUGCUGGUGGAGGAAACAUAAGUAGUAACAGUGGUGCUAAUGAUGGGUUUAACAACAGUGGUGAAAAUGGGGAGCAAACUGAUAGCGCUGCAAGUCUGCCUGUACCACUGCCAACUGCUGCUUAUAAUGCAGCUCCAGAAGACGUGGGCAACAACAGUGCAACCAAGGAAGCUUCUUCCAGUGAGAAGAACGAGCCUGAGGUUCAGUGGACUGCAUCAACCUCUGUGGAACAAGUGAGAGAACGAAGUUAUCAUAGAGCUUUGCUUCUCAGCGAUCAUAGGAAAGACAAGGACUGUGGGGGAGAGUCACCCUGUAGUCCAUGCUCACCGUCCCAUGUUCAGUCUCCACCUUCAUCUCAUUCAAAUCUCAUUUCCCAGUUGCAGCUUAAGGUCCAUUCUUUCACUGAAUGUAUGGAAGAACCUGAUGCUGAAAAUCCAGAGCCUACUUCUGAGUGUCCAUCCCCAGAUACUUCACAGAAGACAUGCAGGAGUCCUUCAAAAGCAAGCAAGCCCUCUUCGCCGAGUCCUGUAGUUUCAGCACCAUCGCUGGGAAAAACACCCACGAAGGCAGAUUCACACUGGGACGCUGCAGCGAAUGCACCAGAGGCCGAAGGUGUGAAUCAUCCGAAAUCAGAGCUGCAACAAAAACAGCUGACAAAUAGCGUCCAAGCACUUUCAAAAACUCAUCCAUCUCAAUCACAUCUGCGCAGUUCUGCUGAGCAACUUUCACAUUCACAGAAGUUGCCUUCUGCACCUUUGAAGCUCCACUGUCCCCCUUCGCCUCACGUAGAAAACCCCCCGAAGCCAUCGACGCCCCACGCGCCUGUGCAGCACGGUUAUCUCUCACCAAAGCCUCACUCGCAGCAGUUGGGAUCUCCAUACAGACCUCAUCAUCCACAGUCACCUCAAGUCGGAACGCCCCAGAGGGAAACGCACCGUGGUUUCUAUCCUGCAGCGCCAGCCCUUCAACCCGGUAAUCAGCAGCAGGCCAGUGGGCCGCUGUUCGCUCAGACAGCUUCAGGACAAUCCUCGGCUUCUUACAGCCAGUUCAACCAACAGAAUUUGAACAGCAAUGCGCCACCUCCCCCGCCUCCUCCACCCCCUUCUUCCACCUACUAUCAGAACCAGCAGCCCUCUGGAAACUUUCAGAGUUACAGUCAGCUGAAGGGUAGCAUCCCCCAACAGACUGUGUUUUCAUCCGGACCAAAUCAAGCACUUCCUGGCUCUGCGGGUCAGCAGACAGUGCCGGGACACCAUGUAACUGCAGGGCAUUUCUUGCCCUCUCAGACCCCCAGUAUUCAUCACCAGGCUUCAGCGUCUGCUGCUCCUCCUCCUCCGCCGCCGCCUCCUGCUCCGGGCCCUCACCUGGUUCAGCAGCAGAGCACCCAUCAGCAGCAUUCUGUAGCACACGUCGUCGGCCCGGUUCACGCUGUGGCGGUGGCUCCCGGAUCUCACAUUCACUCUCAAGCUGCCGGUCACCACCUGCCACCCCCGCCUCCGCCGCCGGGCCCCAUCCCCCACCACCAGCCUCCUCAUCCUCCAGCCGGACACCAAGGUUUGCAAGCACAACACCAGCACGUUGUAAACUCUGCUCCUCCUCCCCCUCCACCUCCCCCAUCCAACGUUAUAGGCUCGGGGCACCACCCGGCAUCGGCACAAGGGUUACACCACCCAUCGCAUCAAGGACCCCCCCAUUUUCCCUCGGGCGCUCACACGGGCGUGUCCUCCUAUUCCUCGCAAGCCCCCCAUCACACGACGUUAGGACCCGGACCUCAACAUCAGCCUGCUGGAACAGGGCCUCAUUGUCCACUCCCCGGUCAGGGUCCCCACAUCCAACCUCAAGGACCAAACAGUAUUGCAACCCCCACCGCUUCAGGGUUCUGCCCGCACCCUGGCUCAGUAACGCUCCCGCACGCAGUGCAAGGACCGCAGCAGGCGUCACCGGUGCCUGGACAGAUCCCCAUUCACAGAGCACAGGUGCCGCCCACCUUUCAGAACAAUUACCACGGUUCAGGGUGGCAUUAAGAUGGAUCCCCUUAAUCCUAAACAUUUUUAAAAUGUUCUGUAAGAUAAACUGUGUAUAUUUCGUAUGUACCUACGGGAGGUACUUUUUAAAGCUUGUACAUGAUACUUUGUAUAAAAGCAAACACCAGUGCUCUCUCAUUGUAUCUUUCCAUUUUUUGCUUUUUAAAACUCCCCGGACCGUGCUGUUCAGCCAGUAUUAGCUAUUCCUUUUUGGUUUGUAAGUGAACAUUCCAGCUGUUUUUUCUGGCAGUAGGUUUGAUGCUGCAUAAUCUUUAAAGUUUUAUCGUUGCAGUUAAAUUCAUUUAGUGAAUGUUUUCUAUAUUACUUUUAUACAUAUGUAAUUAAAGAAGUACACAGGCUACGUGAUGGCACUAACAACGUUUUUUUUUUCCCCCCCCAUUUUCUUCUGUCGACAGUUCUGUGUGCAUAGAGAUAGAACAAUGCAAUACCAGUUCUUAUCGUUUCGGUGUGGACAUGGCUUUUUGUUUCAUCAGUUAUUUGCAGAAAAUGUAAUUUAAUGUAUAGACCGUUUCUAAUGUCUGAGUGCUGUAAAUACUGUAUUUCUUUUGCUUGUAAAAUGGCUUAAAGCUGCUUUCAUUUGAUAGAGUAUUGUAUAUAAUAAGUCUCUUUUGCAGAAAAAAAAAAGUGUGAUCUUUGUGAAAGUAGUACAGUAUAUGACCUUUAAUUUUUUUUAAUAUACUGUCACAUUGCAGCACUGGUUGGGCAUUUUAAUUCAUGUUAAUAAAUCACAAUUAUGUCAGUUUUAA